GACGACACGGCAAGAGAUCCGGUUUGAGUGUUGAAAUGUUGAGUUGUUACUAAAUAUAUUGUCUGCUUAAUCUCCACGUAUGAUGCAAAUCAAGCGCCUGCUAUGCAAAUCCUGCACCCUCAGCUCACUUCUGGUGGCGGCUGUUUGGACGCUGGGAUUGCUCAUCUAUUUACACAUGCUGCGUGAGUCUAUACCCGCGGCAGGCUGGCGCUUCAGUAACGAUACAAAGCCCAGAGCGGAGUUGAGCUACCAGGCACAGGUAACAGUUGGCUGUUCACCUGCUACCCCAAAUUCCUCUCAAGCAGUUGAAGCUGAUGCGGAUCAAGAGCAAUCGAAAUUUGAGCUGCUGGGCGUGGUACGCAACAAACAGGACAAGUAUAUUCGCGACAUAGGAUACAAGCAUCAUGCGUUCAAUGCGCUGGUUUCCAAUAACAUAGGACUAUUUCGUGAUGUCCCGGAUACGCGUCACAAAGUGUGCAGAGAGCAAGAGCCGCAGUCGGAGCUGCAGCUGCCACAUGCUUCGAUUAUAAUGUGCUUUUAUAAUGAACAUAAAGUGACUCUGAUGCGUUCCAUAAAGUCUGUACUGGAGCGUACACCCAAGGAGCUGCUUAAGGAGAUUAUUCUAGUGGACGACAACAGCGAUUUGCCGGAGCUGGAGUUUCAUCUGCUGGCCGAUCUGCAUGCUCGUCUGAAGUACGACAAUCUGCGUUAUAUGCGCAAUGAGCAGCGCGAGGGUUUGAUACGUUCCCGUGUCAGAGGCGCCAGAGAGGCUACUGGCGAUGUGCUUGUAUUUCUGGACUCACACAUUGAGGUGAAUCGUGAGUGGCUGGAGCCGCUGCUGCGACUAGUGCAGGCCGAGAACUCAACACUGGCAGUUCCUGUGAUAGAUCUUAUCAACGCGGAUACUUUUGAGUAUACACCCAGUCCGCUGGUGCGUGGAGGCUUCAACUGGGGUCUGCACUUUCGUUGGGAGAAUCUUCCCGACGGCACGCUCAAGGCGCAGGAAGACUUCAAAGGUCCUUUUCGUUCGCCAACCAUGGCGGGCGGAUUGUUUGCCGUUAAUCGCUUGUAUUUCCAGCACAUUGGCGAGUACGACAUGGAAAUGGACAUUUGGGGCGGUGAAAAUAUAGAAAUCUCCUUUCGCGUCUGGCAAUGUGGCGGAGCCAUUAAGAUUGUGCCCUGCUCUCGCGUGGGUCACAUCUUCAGAAAGCGACGGCCCUAUACUGCACCAGAUGGAGCCAAUACUAUGCUAAAGAACUCGUUGCGUUUGGCUUAUGUUUGGAUGGACUCAUUCAAGGAUUUUUACUUGAAACAUGAAAAGGUGCCCAAGUCUUAUGACUUUGGUGAUAUUAGCGCACGCGUUAAGCUGCGAGAGCGUCUAAAUUGUCAGAGCUUCGCUUGGUACUUGAAGCAUGUGUAUCCCGAGCUGCGUUUGCCUGGCGAGGAAGUAAAGAAAUCUGUCGUGGCGCCUCAGUUUCAGCCUUGGCAUUCACGCAAACGUAAUUACCUGGAUUCCUUCCAGCUGCGCUUGGCGGGCACUCAGCUAUGCGCGGCUGUAAUCGCGCCUAAGGUGAAAGGCUUCUGGAAGAAGGGCAGCUCCUUGAUGCUUCAACAAUGUCGCACUCGUGCCUCCAACCAAAUGUGGUAUGAAACGGAAAAGUCGGAGAUUAUCUUGGAUAAGCUGCUAUGCUUGGAAGCGGCAGGAGAUGCAGCUGUGGUAAUCAACAAGUGCCAUGAGAUGUUAGGCGAUCAGCAGUGGCGUCACACUCGAAACUCUAACAGUCCUGUCUACAACAUGGCCAAGGGCACUUGCUUGCGUGCUGCUGCCGCUGAAGCCGGCGCCAGGAUUAGUCUGGAUCUGUGCUCCAAAGCGGAUGGCGUAGGUGGCGCCUGGGAUAUUGUUACAAUGAAACUGGAACAGCAGCCAAAUCCGGACAAGCCGCUGUGAACGGCAUUUAUGAAAUUCAAUACGCAUUAGACUGAAUAUUAGCUCUUAAGUAAAGGGAAGCAAGUUUAAAUUAGUGUCAGUAUUUUUGCACACCUGUAGACAAUUGAGAAACUGAAAGCUCGAAUUAUGAAUAGUUUUAAGGUGUACAUUCCUAAAAAGCAAUUAUUACUUUCCAUUAGCUUAAGCGCAAAUAUAUAAAAUGUUAUUCCAGAGCAUAUGUUCAAUAGAUACUAGGCUAUCAAUACGUUCCGAAUUUCAAACAUGACAUAUGUAUGUAUCAAUAAAUGCUUUA